AUGGAGAAAAAAAGUAUCCCGGUAAUCGAUAUGCAAAACUUUCCAGGAAAAUACGAUGAAGUUUUGAGGGAGGCAUGUGAAGAAUGGGGUUGUUUCAGGUUAGUGAAUCACAGCAUACCCAUCUCACUCAUGUCCGAGUUUAAGGCGGUUGUGAGAUCUCUGUUCGACCUUCCCACCGAAAUCAAGCAACGCAACACCACCCCUUUAAAAUGGUCUGGCUACGGCACAUUCAAGGGGCAUGAGGCAAUGACCAUGUUCGACGCAGGAACGCCGCAAGGUGUGCAAGAAUUCUGUUCUCAGCUUGAAGUCUCUGAUCAUCAAAGGAAGGUAAUUGAGUCUUAUUCCGAGUCUGUGAUUGCUCUUGGUAUUGAAAUCUGGGAAAAAUUAGUUGCGAGUUUGGGAUUAAAGGGUGAUUACUCGAUUGAUGAUUGGCAAAUAUACCUAAAGAUGAGCAAAUACAACUUCUCCCCUGAAACUAUAUCCUCAGUUGGGCUUCCGAAGCACACAGAUGUAAGCUUCGUGACCUUAAUCGAUGACGAUGUGGCUGCUCUGGAAGUGAUGAACAACAAAUCUGGUGAAUUUGUUGCUGUUGAUCCAUUGCCAGGAAGCACAGUAGUGUUGCUUGGAGAUUUUGGACCUGCUUGGAGCAAUGGGAAAUUCAGCAAUGCGACGCACAGGGUGUUGUGCAGGGACCCUUCUCCGAGGGUAUCUAUUAAUACGUUUCUGAUGGGACCAAGGGAGGGAGCGGUGGAAGCACCGGAAGAGCUUGUGGACGAUCAGCAUCCGCGUCUCUAUGUUCCUUUCACCUGGGAGUAUUAUAGGACUCUUCAAUAUGCUUCGGAAGAUUCAUGGAAGCCUGCUCUUGCCAAUGUACUUGUUAAUCCUUCAACUAUAAGAGCUGGUGUCUCUACUCAAAUCAUGCAUGUUGAUGUCAUUGCAAUGGAAUUUUCAUAUAUGUUUAGUGGAGUUAUUUUCAUCUUUAAUAAGUUGUAG